AUGAGUGUGUCCGAUCUCAGUAAAUAUAUCUUAGAAUUUCUUGAAAACCUUACCGAUGAUAGAAAGCAGAAUCAAGGUCGACAACGUCUUCGAGAUGGUUUUAAAUUUAGCAGUGAUCAGGGUAGUUGCAAAAUAGCUAUAGCUUCACACCCUAAAGAUUUGGAAGAAGAGAUUAUCAGAGAGAUAACUAAACAAAUCUUACAGAAUAGAUAUGAAUUUAGCGGGGGACAAGUGGAUGAUUUAUUCUCUACCCAGAAAAAUGGAAGUACGUUCAAAGAGCCAUUGCCUCGCAAUAGAGAU